CCGGCGUGGUACUGACGUGUCGCCGCUGCCGUAUAACUUGGAGCUUUUUUAGAAAGUGCCUGUUGGAUGGAUGUGUUUGUGUUUUUUUAAAGGAAGAAAUUCUGUGUUGGCAUUGACGUCGUGUCUUAAUGUCAGUGUAGUGAUGUGCAUCAGGUGUUUGUGACGUUGUUGGCAUUUCGUUGUUUCCUUUGGAUAUCCUUUUGUUCGGAAACGUGAGCGUCCGGCCCGUGACCGUAUGCUACGUUGGAGUCGAUCCAGAAAACGAAGCGAGAAGUGUCGUAAAGUGUCGAACAGUGUUUUUAUCAGUGACGUAAAAUGCAAGUGUAGAUGAAAACAACAAUAAAAUAUUUGCAGUGAAUGUGUAAUAUAUGGUCGGACAGAUGAUGUGGUUUAAGAGAGAGUCGAAACCGACCGUCGUUAAAGGUGAGAAUGGAGUGGUUAACAAACUUAGAAGGAAGAAACCAGUUAUACUGAAGGCGACUAGAGAGUCCAGUGAACGGGAAACUUCGACAGAGAGUGACAAAGAGAGGAGACGGUAUUCCGAUAUACUCGACGUCGUUUCCAUAGAGAGACGAGAUGAGAGCGACGAAUCAUUGUACGAGUCCGCGGAUGGGCACAGCGAUGCCAUAUCCGCGAGCGAUGAUGCCCUACCAAGGCUCAGCAAGACACCAACUAUCAGCAAAGAAUCUCUAAAAGUAGCUGUUACAGAUGAAGAAGUUGACUUUGCUAAAACUAAAAAAGGACACAGAAAAACGAUGUCUUUAUCAAAUCCUUUAGAAAUCGUCAAAAAUCUGGGAGAUGAGUGGUUUGAAUCAGCUAGAAGAGAAUUAGACAAAAAUAAUGACAAGAAGAAAUCAAGAGAGAGUCUAUGGAGCGAAGAAGAUCGUGAUUCUAUCCAUGGCUCAUCGAUGAAACUUGACCAAAUACGGAAGAACAGCAAAAAAGAAGACAAAAAUCAGGCAAAUCUCAGAAAAAUCAGUACAACCGAAGCACCUAAAACUAGGAAAACUAGCAAAGGUUCAUCAGUUAGUGCAUUAAAUUUUCUCAGAAGAAAAAAGACGCCAACUUCUACAAAGCCUGUAGAAUCAGUUGCUGAAGAUGACAAGGGAUUACGACCAGAUGAAAUCAUGGACCGUACAAAGCUAUUUUUAGAGAGUGAAAAACAGUUUGCCGCUAUCACAGCUACGAGGCCUGUUAGGCCAGUGGAGACAGACUCUGAAGACGAGCCUCCUACGCCUAAAAUGAAUGAACAUAGAAGGAGAUUGAGCAGGCAGACAUCUCGAAGUAAAAGUAAGGUUAGAGGGAAAAGUCAAUCUCUUAAAGUGAAUACUUUAAGAAAAUCACAUAGUGGGACCUUAAAGAAAGGAAAAAAGAAGAGUGUGAAGACCCCUUCAUCUGGGAGAAGUAGGCAGGCCAGCAUCGUGGAACAAACUCCAAUCGCUAAGAAAAAACAUUCAGACUCUACAAAGCCGAAUUCUUGGCUGUUCAGUGGAUCUCGAGGAGAGUCGCGGCGCGAGGGCUCGACAGACGAACCGACAGCACCCGACGGUGACGUAGACACCAGCGAUGCUAACACCAAGGAACCUGACAAAGAUAACAAUUGGCGGUCCCCGGCGACAGGUGGCGGGCGCGGCGUCAACCGAGCGGAGAGUUGUCGCGAGCGGGAUGCUCCCCGACGCGGCAAACAUCGCAACGCUAGCGACCCCAACCGACUGACUGCACACAACAACCAUGACCUGGAGCCAGGCGCGGCUACCGCCCCCUCCGGCAGCUCCAGCAGUUCCAGCCUAUCGUCCAGGAGUAAUGAGAGCAACACCGUCGCUGCUGAGCAGCAAGCCUCUCAAUCCGACUGGUCGGAGGAAGAGGAACCGCUGGCGGCGCAGUGGGCGGACAGCCUGCCGCCGCAUGUACUCGACGGGCUCGACCUUUCCGCCGCACUCAGGAAGAGGCAGGAGGUCAUACAUGAAUUAAUCGUCUCAGAAGGAUCACAUGUCCGUUGGUUGCGAGUAUUAAGCGGAGUAUUUCUACGGCCUUUGGAGAGGCACGCGUCUCUCCUGGCGGCUGACGAGCUCCGCGCUCUAUUCCCCAACCUUCCAGCUGUGAGGGAAAGGCACUCUCGCCUCUACUCCGACCUCCGGACUGCGAGGAAUGAUGCAGGGAACCAUGUUGUACAGAUACGACCCGUUGCUGAUGCGUUGUUGAAUACGUUGGGCGAGUCAGGCUACGCGCUGUGCGUGUCGAAGUUCUGCCGCGGUCAGCGCAUGGCGCUGGACGCGCUGCGCGAGCGGCGCCGCAAGAGCAAGGAGCUGCACCAGUUCCUCGCCGCGCGGGAACAACUGCCGCACUGCGGGCGGCUGCAGCUCAAGGACAUGCUCGCCUGCGUCUGGCAGAGGUUGACAAAAUACCAGCUUCUACUCGAAGGUAUCCUGAAGACUGUGGGGGAAGGCGAAGAGACAGAGGAAGACGUAGCGAAAUUGCGACGAGCUCACGAUGUCGCCAAGGAUGUACUGCACAGGGUCGACACUGCAAUCAGAACCGCUGAGAAUGAACACAGAUUGCGCACAAUCCAGAGUAAGUUGGAGAUUCGAGUUCCGAGCGCGAGUGAGUGGGACGAGCUCCGACGCCUGGACCUCACGCAACAUCGCCUCACAACAGAGGGAGACCUCACUCUUAGGAACGACUCCUCCAAGAGGAUCAAUGUUCUUGCGCUGAUGUUGGAAGACAGCCUGGUCCUGCUGCAGCGAGAGAGCGACAAGUUCGUGCUCAAACCUAUCCCGCUGCCGAGCCAGUCUCUCAUGCUCUCGCCGCUCAUCAAGUGGGAUAAGGUACUGUUCCGACCUAACGCGGCGGUGCGCAAUACGUUCUUCCUGAUGAACAUCAACGGAGUACAGAUGCACGAACUCUCCGCCAACUCAGCGCCGGAGUACGCCUCCUGGGUGAAGCACAUCCAAGAAGCCCCGCUGGCGAAGCUGACCGACCUGAAGGCGAGCAUACCCACGCAACACGCGCACUCACGCUCCGCCGACGACUCCGGAAUAAACGUAUCCCGUAAUCCAUCGGACGCUUCAGAGAAAUCAUCGUCGACGGCACCCGGAGACGAACCGGUCGAGCCGGAAAAAGACCGAACCUCCGUAGAGAGGACAUCUGCUGAACGGGAGGACAAGAGGUCAGAGGAGGAAAAGAGGACUAUUGAGGCGGAGGAUAGGAGUUCAACUGAUAAGGAGGCAGAGGUUAAUGAUAAGGAUGACAAGCAUAAACCCCGCCGGCCGACCGUGGGUCGCAUCAGUACGCAGGGCCCGGCGGCGCCCCCGCUGGAGUCCCCGGUGGCCGUCACGGUCCGCGCCCCCGCCGCGCACGCCGCGCUCACCGCACACACGGUCUACACACACGCUGAGCGCCUUCGCCGCCUAGAUGCAGUGAUCUCGAAGGCACUGCGCGCGAAGUCAUCGAUAGUGGGUUCAGUGCUCGGAGUACCGCCGCAGAACUUUGCCCAGUUCGCAGAUCUCGCCGUCGCCGACGCAUUAGGAGAAGUUGACGUAUGCGGCGAGUUGCGCGCGUCCCGGCCCCCGAUGUCGCGCAGUAGCAGCGUGGAGGACGACGCGCCCGUCGCCGACCUGCACCAACUACUGCUCGCUGCGCACGCGCAGGCGCACGAGCUGACGCGCGGCGUGCAGCGCGCGCUGCGCGUGUCGGAGGGGGCCGCCGUCGCCGCGCGCGCACGUGCUGGACGGUGCGACUCGUGCCGCGCGCGGGUACACCAACGCCCGCAAUCAUUCGAAAUGCUACCUGCUCCGGAAGAACUUGACGUACCGACGGACACCCUCGACCCGGUAGACGCCGACGUCUUGGAGAAAGAGCUGUCGGAAGCCCUCACGGAUUACGAGCUACCUCUACACUCUAGCGGCUGUGAGGACAAUGAGGACGAUGAGAUCGAGAGCAGCGCGUGGGCGGUCCGUCUGGCGCCAGUAUGCGGCGGGCUGCAGGCGACACUGUCGCGCGCGCUGGCCGAGCUGGGCGGGCAGCGCGCCGCCGCCGCCGCGCGACAACACGCCGCCGCGCUGCGCGACAUCAACGACGCGCUGCGGGCCCGUCUGCGCCCCGAUCACCAAACGACAGAAGAGAUCUCCAUCCCCAAGGCGGGAUUGGACUCGUCUAUACAGGACCAGCCUAGUAAUGGCGGGUGAUGUAGCAGCCCUUGUAAGAAUAGUAAGCGAAACCCUGACGUAUUGGCGUAGUGAUAUUACACUCACUAAUCCUGGCUGGCCCACGACGGACAAACUAACACGCGACAAAACGACUUGAUCAACUAAUGCCUAGCAGUUUCGAACAUCGUCGCAACAUAACACACAAACAUAUAUUUGUAGCGGUCGCCGCGUGUUACCCAGCACGACAGAACUUGUAUAUUUUGUAAUAAUAUUUUAUUAUUAUAUUGUUUUCGUUUAUUACAAGAAAGUACUGCAUUAUUUAGUAUUAUCGAUUAUUAUUCCAGAGGUAAGGAGUUGAAGUGAUUGACUAGAUGAAUUUUUUAAUGUUAUUUUUGUCUUGUCAUCUCGAUGUUCGCAAAGAUUAAGUUAUAUGUUAAAUGUCUGUAAAUAAUAUAGCGGUUGUAGUAUAUAAGUGACAACAAUAAUGUAUCAUUUAUUAUAUAUGAUUUUGUGUAUACAUUUUAUCUUUUAUUUUUUUCAUUUUCCUUUAUUUGCGUAUAUAUUUUGUUUUUGUAGU